GUUUUUGUGUGAAAAACAGUGAAUUUAUUUUUGUUGCGAAAAAUACCUGUUUUCUCGAUUUUAAUUACUAUUCAUUUGCUUAAGUUUUUGUUUAAUUGUGUGUUUAUUUUGUGUGAAUUAAAUUUGUGGUCAAAAAUAUGGAUUCCUUGUUAUUAGCGGACAGCCCGUACCACAACCCGGUGCUCGCGUUGGAUAACACGCGUAAUGUUCAUAAAAUAAAGGAGUUGACAAAAGGUUUUCUACACAAGAGGUCCAUACUGUUAGCCGUUUCCAAGACGUUCACCGACGAGAUCCGGUUGGGACUGGCGCUCAACCCACCCAUGAAGUCCAGCCUAAUUAUGGCCAACACUUACGUCACACAACUGCCGGACGGCACCGAACGGGGAGACUAUAUAUCCCUCGACUUAGGCUCCACUAACUUCCGGGUCGUAUUGACCCGAUUCGGAGGUACCGGCGCUGCCAACGAGUUUCACGUCAAACACUAUACCGUUCCCAAGGAGUUCCGGAGGGGACAGUCGUCUCACGUA